UCGAAGCGGCGCCGACGCUUUGUCGUAGAGGAUUUUCAUCACUAGCAACAACGGUUCCAUUUCCCAUCAUCUCGACUUAGGUCAUCAUUUGUGCUCCGCAAGUGCAUCUCCUCGUGCAGUCGUGUCCAACUUGGUAUCCCCGCUCGGAGAAGCUAACCAAUCAACAGCAGGAAAAAAUGAAAGUAGCCAUCUGCCUGUUUGCGAUCGUUGCCGUGGCCCUGGCCGCCCCCCAGGAACGCGAUGGAGCCGCCCUGACCAACGAGGCUAUCCGACAGGCACAAUCCCAGCAGCUGAUUCCCCGCGAUGCUACCAUCCAGGGAGUCCACGAGGGCAUCCAGGUCGCAGCCAUCGAAUCCAUCCCCGGCAAUCAACGUGUCGAUCUGUUCCAGCUUCUCGGCGAUCAGGUCCCACGGGAGGUCAUCACCAAUCUGCAGUCGCAGGUUGACCAGGUCGGACAAAACUAAACAAGGGCAAGCACUGAAAUGGGAUGCGGGGAUUCUCCGCGCCCUCGGAAUGGCGGCGGACCACGACACGCGGAGGCAUUAGGACAGUAUUGAAUUUUUGAUUUGAUCAAACAACGGCAUCACGACGAAUCGUAUUAGAUUAUGAUUUUUGUUUCUCUCUUCGAAGUAACCGGUUGGCAGAAAAUACACUUGUUAUUCUUCCACGAUAGUGCCAAUAUUCUUUUUGCGGACGUACUCCAAAAAGAUGCGUUUAUGUUUUGUUCACUAGUGUAGGUACAAAAGAUUAUGAAAUUUUUACAAAUAAUAAAAAAAAUGAAACCGAAAAAA